AAGAAAGGCCGAGACAUGGGUGCUUAAUUGUAAUAAAUUGCUUUUAAAAUGUCCAGUUUUUACAAUCUUUGAACGUGAAACUCGAGUCUGCAGGUUUUCUGCCGGGCAUUAUGCUCACUGCCCUUGUGGAGAAAAGGUUUAAUUACAGAUCCAUUUGGGGGCGGGAGUUAGUUGGAGGCGGAGCUGGAUAUUUCUCUGCUGUCACUUUGUUAACUAUCCGGGCCGCCUCUCACUCUGUGUCAGCUGUUUCUCAGUCAGGUCGGGGCGGGCUGUAUAAAAAAGGAAGGUGAGGCAGCGCUACUUUUAUUCGGCAGCGAUUGGAGUGAAGGAGCGUGAUGUCUGGAAGAGGCAAAGGAGGUAAAGGCCUGGGAAAAGGCGGAGCGAAGCGGCACCGCAAAGUGCUCCGUGAUAACAUCCAGGGCAUCACGAAACCAGCCAUCCGGCGCCUGGCUCGACGUGGCGGGGUCAAGCGCAUUUCAGGCUUGAUCUAUGAGGAGACUCGUGGGGUGCUGAAGGUUUUCCUGGAGAAUGUGAUCAGGGAUGCGGUCACCUACACUGAGCACGCUAAGCGCAAGACGGUCACUGCCAUGGAUGUGGUAUACGCUCUGAAACGCCAGGGCCGCACUCUCUAUGGAUUCGGCGGCUGAGCAAAUCGACCCUUUUCCAGCGAACCCAAAGGCUCUUUUCAGAGCCACCCAAUUCCUCCGAUUGAGGGCGGAGACCUGAGGACGGGGAAAGGCAGCACAGCGGGAGGGUGUCUUGUACUGCAGCUCGUUAUUUUACAGCGCGACUUGUAAUUCUGCCCAGAUGCGAAAUGUUACAUAUUCCAGUAUUUCUAUUUCAUUAACCCCUCCAGGAAUGAUAUCUGAUUCAGUUUUGAGUCUGGGACGCCUGCAGAUAUUUUAAUAGCAUGUUCUUUCUAUCUGGCUGCUAAACGUAGCAAUGACAAAUUGUUUUCGGACAAAUUAUAAACUGGGUCGAAUAAAAAUGUGCCGAUAAAUUGAGAUU